UUUUUUUUUUUUUUUCUAUGGUACAAUUUUUUUGUUUUUAUUACGUCAAAGACAUCAGUCAUUGAUAGACAACAGUCACAACAACAUUGAAAAUUUGAUAUCGAAAAAAAAAUAUUAUAAAUAAUUGUGCGUGUAAUUAAAAAAUAUUUAUUGAAUUAAUAAAAUAUAAUUAAAAUUUGAUUUUUGUGCUUUUUAUUUAAAGAAAUUUUGUUUGAGUUUUAUAGUACUUUGUUGACUCAGUUAUUUUUUUUUUAAUGUAAUUUUUAUUUUUUUGGAUUGACUGAUGCUACGGUAGCUCAGUGGCUCAUCUUGAAUUUGCGGACACCUCCUUCGGGAGUCCUGCUUUAGACACGCAACACUCUCGUCGGUUAAUGUUAAAACGAUCUUUUCCUCCACUCCGACAACUUGUCCUUUACCUCUGGCUCACUCGACCCUCGUGUUCCAUCCACACUCAACCGGCCAACUUCAUCUCGGUUUCUUCGACAAUCUGUCGGGUCCAAAAAAUCAUACCAUACUCGAAAUAAUCUAUAAAAUAUUUACCUGUCAAUGUUAUUAACAAUUACCUUUUUUUUUUUUUUUUCUAAACAAUAAAUUUUAAAUAUAAUUUUAUAAAUUAAUUAAUACGUAUUUAUAUUUUUUCAUUUGUAGAAAAAUCUUUUUAUUAUUUUGAUUUUACAAGUGACAAGUGAUAUUUAAACUUUUCGUCAAAACGUGUGAUAAAGUGCGGCAAUUCAAGUGUAAAAAUUGUACUUAAGAUUUUUUUUUUUUUAAAAUAAAUAUGUGUUUACAUAAUUUUUAUGAAAAGUAAAAAUAAAAAUUAUUAAUUGAAAAUUUAUAGUCAAAUUUUAAUCGUCGGAAAAAGUAUACAAAACGGUUAUUGAAAAAAUUCAAAAAGAUAAAUCAAUAAUAAGAGUCUCGGAACUUGAAAGUGUCUAAUAAAAUUAAAUUUUUUUUAUUUAAAAAAAUUAUAAAUAAAUAAAUAAUCAACAGAAUAUAAUAUUCAAAGAAAGAUCCCAAGAUGCCACAUACAGGUCAAGCUGGUGUUAAUCAAUUGGGUGGUGUAUUUGUUAAUGGUAGACCAUUACCAGAUUGUGUUAGACAAAGAAUUGUACAAUUGGCAUUAAUUGGUGUACGACCUUGUGAUAUAUCACGACAAUUAUUAGUAUCACAUGGUUGUGUAUCUAAAAUACUAACAAGAUUUUAUGAAACUGGUAGCAUCAGACCAGGCAGUAUUGGUGGUAGUAAAACAAAGACUAACAACCGAGGAUUACCGUUGCAGCAAGUAGCAACACCAACAGUUGUGAAAAAAAUCCUAAGAAUGAAACAAGAACAACCAACAAUGUUUGCCUGGGAAAUAAGAGAACAAUUGGUCAGACAAGGUGCAUGUGAUCCACAAAGUUUACCAUCAGUAUCAUCAAUCAAUCGAAUACUUCGUGGUGGUGGUCUUCAUUCCGAUCAUCCCAAUGUCAAUUCACCUUCAUCAAGCACCUAUCAGUCACAAGUACCAGCUAAUACAGAAGCUAGAGAAGCACUUGUUAGAUCGGAUUAUCAAUUAUUUUAUCCUGGAUCACUUGGUCCUCUUCACAUAUCAACAUCUGGAGCAAAUAAUAGAACAGCAACAGCACCAACAUGGACACCUGGUUUUUAUUCAUCACUUUAUCAAGCAACAACAUUACAUCUUCAUCAUGGUCUUCAAUCAUUUACUUCAAUGGAUAAUGAUCGACUUGCUGAACAACAAAAUAAUCAAAAUCAAGUUGAUCUUAAAUCAAGCUCAAAUUCAAUGGCUGGAAGUGAUGAUUCACUUGAUAAAAGUGAUCUAGAUGAUAAUCCUGAAUCACAAGACAACUAUAAAUCACUACAAAAUCAACCAGUUAUUCUAGAACUCGGACAAAAAAUUGGUAGCGAUCGAAGUGCAUUUGUUCGUGCCGCACAAAAUUCUAAAAAUCAUUAUGAUACAUCAAGAACAAGUCCAACAAGCUCCCUAACUAUUGACGAUAUAAAUAAUAAAACAAUUAUUAAUAAUAAUAAUAAUGACAUAAACACAUCAAAUAAUUUAAUUGUUGAACAAAUUGAUAAUAGACAACAACAACAACAACAGCCGCAAAAAAAACGUAAUCCAUAUUCAAUUGAAGAAUUAUUAAAAAAAGAUGAAAAUAAAGUAACUAUUAAAAGGCCAAGAUUAAUUGUUGAUCCAUCAAUUGUUCAACCAUGUGGUAUUAUAGUUGGUGUUAAAGAUAUUUAAAUAAAAAUUAUUUUAUAAAAUUAGUUUAUCAAAAUGUAAAUUAAUAUUGCAUAUUUUAAUAAUAAGCCAUGAAUAUUUGAUUUAAUUAAGAUUAUUAAUCAAUAUUGAUCUAUUGAAAAAAUUAUUAUUAUUUGCAUUAGUUAUUAAUAAUUUAAAUUGAAAUAAUGACAAAUUUAGUGGAAAAAAAAUUUAAAAUUAAAGGUGUUUAUAGUUUGAAGAAAAAAAAAAUAAUAUAAAUUAUCGUGUAUAUAUAAAAUGAAUAAUAAUAAAGGUAAAAUUUAACACCUUUAAUACUUUGAUAAAAAUUUUAGUGAAACUUGCAUUGUCUUGUAUUAUAUUUUUAAAAUGAGAGAAAAAAAAAA